GGCGGAGCUAAAGGAAAGUGAAAGUGCAAGAGGAAACGGUCGGAAAAGUCCCGCAGCUCACCUCACUGCGCUCAUCUCACAACUAAUCAGACUUUUACAGCGCGAAACCCCUCCAAAAUGUCCAAGUUUAAGAUCAGCCGUGACAACGAGCUCAAGGUUCAGAACUACCGCCAUUCACUGUAUCAGAAGGCAGAAGAUCUUUUCUCUAAUCAUAUUCCCAAGAAGAUUUCGCAGCUGGACAAUCUAAUUCAGGAGGAAGAACUGUGUGUCUCGGAUCUCUCUUCCCUCCAUGCACCUCUUGACAUUCCCAUUCCUGAUCCUCCAAGCCCAGAAGAGGAGGAAAUGGAGACAGAUAAGAAUGAAGAAGACGAGAAGAAGAAGAAACGUCCUGUGUGUGGCUUCAUCAAAGGAAAUGAGAAGAUCAUGAAGCUGCUGGACGUGGUGAAGCCUGAAAUCACGGGUCUUAAAGAGACGUGCAUCACUGUUUCCUGCUGGAUUUCACUGCUGAUUCCUAAGAUUGAGGACGGAAACGACUUUGGAGUCGCAAUUCAGGAGAAGAUCCUGGAGCGAAUUGCAGCUGUGAAAACCAAACUGGAGGGAUUUCAGACCAAUAUUAACAAGUAUUUCUCAGAGCGAGGCGACGCAGUAGCCAAAGCCUCCAAAGAAAUGCAUGUGAUGGACUACCGCUCACUCGUCCACGAGAAAGAUGAAGCAGCGUACUGCGAGAUCCGGGUCAUCUUACUCGACAUCCGCGGAUAUUACGCGGAGCUGUAUGAUAUCAUCAGUAAGAACCUGGAGAAGGUGGUGAACCCAAAAGGAGAAGAGAAACCCUGCAUGUACUGAGAGCGGGAUGCAUCAUCCUCGCGCACCUGUCUCACUUCACACCUGUUAGGAAUGCUGUUUCUAUCGGAUACUUCUGACCAAUCAACUACACACUGUAAUGACACUCGCGUCAUCACAAAUAAACCGUAGUGUUUGAUAUUAA